AAUACAUUGCUUAUUCCGUACUGAAACUUUUAAAGAUGGCGUUACGAUUUGCAGUCAGUAGUUGCGUGGCUGUUCCAUGAGACGUGUAUAGUCGCGGAGUCGUGUAAGCUCAUAGAGUGUCCCGACGAUAAUUAAACUGUGAAGAAGUAUUACCGGUAUAAGAAUGUUGUGGCCAGAGGAGAGCUGAAAAAUGGCGAAAAUCGUCAAGGCUUCGGAAUCGGUCGGGACGAUACUAUCCUGCGAAUACUGUGCUAACCUCUCCUUUAAACAUAUUCCAGACUUUGUAAGGCAUUUGGGGGAUCAGCAUUGUUCCAGAGAAGGUGGCUCCUUUGUAUGCUGUUAUGGUUACAAUGGAGUUUGCGCCAAUCUUCCUGUGGAAGGUGUUUCGGACAAAGAUUAUAUAGCACAUGCUACUAAACAUGCAACAAUGCAACAACAAAGGAGGAGGAAUGGCAUAUCAUUUGAACCUUCAUCGACAUGGACAGUUUAUUCUGCUGUGCAGAAUUUACCAGCGGUACUAAAUGAUCCUACAAGGGGCAAACAGAGUAAUUUCUUUACAAAGACAUGGGGUGAUGCGUUUGUUGAAAAGGUGGAUAUUCCAAAGAGUCCUUAUCUGCCAGAGAUUACUAUGCAGCACUUUGAAACAUAUGUAAAGAAAAUAGCACGGAGGUAUCGAAAGCAUGCUCGUAUGAACUCAAAUCCGAACAGACCAACAUCGCCGAACGAGUUGCUGCAAAACUUUCCAAACUUAAGGAAAGUGAAAAUGCUUGAACACUCGCAGUUUGAUUUAGCCAGUAUUCCAAAGAUAUUCCUAAGUCCAACUUUGGAUCUUUCUCGGCGUGACGAUUUUGAUGCAGUUUUUCCAUUUGCUAAGGAAGGUUUACUGGAUGAGGGUGGCAACGUUGUUACUUCUGCAAAACACAUGCAAGAAAAACUUAGUCAUUAUUUGGACAUUGUGGAAGUGAGAAUAGCAGAACAAGUAGCAUCUAAAUCGCAGGCAUUUUUUCAUGCCAUGACUUCACACGAUGCUCUAAUGGAACAACUUACCCAAACGAUAACGGUAUUAAAGGCACUCAGGGAAAAUAUUCAUCAAAUUGAUAAAAGUUUGGUGAAAGACUCCUUAGAGAUUAUACGUUUGGAACGUGCCAGAUGUAAUCACUUAAUAGUACAAGAAAAAUUGAAAUUGAUGGCCACCGUACACCAGAGUCAACCGAUGAUACAAUUAUUAUUAUCUACACCUGAUUACGUGGCAGCUCUCGAUCUUAUUUCCACAACACAAGAAAUUUUACUUCAAGAAUUGAAUGGAAUUCAUAGUUUUCGGCAUCUGAGUCCCCAAUUGAAAGAAAUGGAAAGGCUGGUCGACAAGAUGCUCUCCACAGAAUUCGAACGAUACGCAACGGCAGAUCUAAAUAGACCAUUGGGUGAAGAAAGUAUCGUUUUAGACGGGGAUAAACUCGUUUCGAUAAUAUCCGGUCUUCUACGCCAAAAACAUUUUCUCUUCGUGGACACUUACAAGGAAGAAGCUAUAACAACUGUAAGAGCUGUUACGAAACAACGUGUGAUAGAAGCUUUAACAGCAAGUGAUUGCUGCAGCGAUCAACAAGCCGCUGCACUCGAAGUUGGAGGUCUUUCUUUGGCGGAAAGAUUAACUUUAUUACAUAAUUCUAUUCAAUCUCUUACGUCUCUUCUGCACCGUGUAAAAGCAGUUCACGAUGUGAUGCUAGACACUGCUGAUAUGUCAGCUGGCCGACUGCCGGAUGGAUCUGUUGAUAAUUCUUUGACGGAUUGUUUACUAUCCGAUGAUGAAUAUGCUAAAAUAAAAUCCAAACUAUCGGAAAUGUUAAUUUCUGUUUGCGAUUACUGCCACGAACGUUUGGGACAGUUAUUAUCCGCCAGUGCCAAUGAGAAAGAGAAAAUACAGAUUGAAAGGGAUAAAUCUGCAAAUGAUACUGUAGCCAAUAAACAAGCUGAAUCUGAUAGCCAAGUACGGAGUGAUAAAGGAUCCUGGUUGAGCGAAAGAGCUACCACUGCCCAAGUCUGUCAAUUGGCUAGUAUGGUAGAAGGAUUUACAGAAACUUGUGAGAAAUUAUGUGGUAGACAGUGUUCAGCAUUGCGAUCAGCAUUCAAAGCACAAGCAACUAAGUUUGUACAGCGUUUCCAUGCUGAACGUAAAGUAAAGCUGGAUUUAUUAUUAGAUUCUGAGCGAUGGCGACAAGCAGACGUACCAUCCGAGUUUCAGUCACUCGUGACCUAUGUCUUUAAGAAUAAAUGUUUUCCCCCUGAACUUUAUUGGCGAGAAGGUGUAGAGAAGCAGGAAAAUAUUUCUAAUUUCAUACUAAUAGGCGAGGAAAAAUUCGCAGUUGUAGGAACCGCCUUAAUGCUUACUCAAAUGAUUCACGAAUAUUGCAGGGCUGGAAGUGAAUUAACAGCUUUGUCUGGUACCAUUGGUCGACAGUUAGCAGAACUUUUAUGUCGUUAUAAUUCUAAUUGUUAUUCGCUUGUGCUAGGUGCACGUGCAAUGCAAGUUGCUGGAUUAAAAACAAUCACUAGUACAAUUCUUGUAUUAGCCAGUCGUAGUUUGCAAUUAAUUCUGUGGUUAAUGCCAUACGUUAAAAACCACUUUCAAGACCUCGCCGAGAAAAAUAGCAGUCGCAGCGUAGCUGGAGCAACUGGAAUAAGUGGCGGCAUUUCUUCAUUGGAUAGUGUUGAGCGGAAUAUUUGUUCUCACGUGAGAGAAAUCGAAGGGAAGGUUUUGAAUAUUGUAGGAAAUCUGUUGGGUGGUCAACUAGCUCAAUGGACAGCGCGACCACCUGUCCCAUCACAACCCUUCAGAAAUAUUUCCAAACACUUGUUGAAGCUUCACGAGGCAGUUUCUGGAAUUCUUCCACCAAUACAAGUCCAGACGCUUUAUCGAACCGUGAAUGCUUCCUUCAAGGAGAAGCUGAGAGAACAGUUAGUCAAGAUGAAUAUAGUAAAUAAUGGUGGUCCACAGCAUGGUGUAGUUACAUCAGAACUGACAUUUUACCUCGAAGCUUUAAAAGGUCUGAGGAUUCUACCAGCCGAAGAGUUAAAUGAUGAUUGGAUGAAUGAUAUAUGGACCAGAUAACAUGCAGAGCGCGUGAUAUACUGCAUUCUAGAAGCAAUGCAGUACUACAGGAAAAGGUGACUAAUAAUCAGUUUAGUCCUAUUCCUCAUUUCUAGUUCAGUAUAUCUCUACCUGCGUUUCCUUAAACGCAGUGCGUCUAGCUCAGCACGUCGACCGGAUAUUCCGUCACGAUGCGUAUUCCUGCGUCUCGCAGUAACUCGGCUCUUGUGCGGUCUAUAAUGGCAGGUAUACGAGAUACGAUAACAAAAGAAAAUCGAAAAAAAAACGCCAGUUUGAUAACAAUUUGAAAGAUAUAGCCGGUAAGAGUUCAGACUACAAAGGAGUUGAAUGAAUGUCUGGUGCCUAGUGUAAUAGAUAAUUAGAAAAGCGAGCAAGUAGCCUUUUAAAAAAUUGCCAAAUUUCGCAAAUGCGCUGUCCUGUGCUUUUUUCGCGGUGCUGCAUAGCAAUUUUGUCUCGACGUAAACAUCACAGAUAUUGGCGCCUAUAAAUAUAUGUAUUAUUAUAUUGCUCCAGCAUAUGGCACCACAGACUGACAUAGAAUCGUUACAAGUUAUUUAGAAUUAUAUAAAAAUUUAGAUAGCAAAUUUAAAGCUUCAUUUACGUGGUAUCCAUUUAACCAACAGACUCGCAUCUCUGCGGCUAAAAUUGGAUUAUCUUAUUCUAUGAAAUUUUGAUAUGCAAGUCAAGCGUACCUAAAUAAUUACGUGCUUUAUGUACUACGUAUAAGUGCGAUUUCAUUCCGUUCCUUGGAUGUACGUUGUUUUAUAAUGUAAUUACGUGGUUAUGUAUGAGUCACGUUAUGUACACAUAUGAUUCUAAUAAUAGUUUUCGAUACUUUAAGGAGAUCGAUUGAUCAUUACCAUGCGGCAUGGGUCACUAUCCAAUCUGUAACACGCGCACAUAACAUUCUGAUAAUCUGGUAUUGCGUUACCGCUAACAUGGAAGCAAUUGCCAUUUUCGUGAUAUUUCGAUUAUCGAAAAUGACGUUUCUUUUUUCUAGUAAUAAUGUGACUGUAUGGAACAUACACGUGCGUAUUUGUAUGUAAAUACUUGUAUAAAUAUUUUAUAAUGCGUUAGAAGAUACGAAGCUUGAGGAAAUUAAUUCACUCGCAAUAAUCUUUUUGUUUUUUAUAAAAAUCAAUGGAACGUGUCGAAAUGAUUCACCAUACUGAAAUGCUUUCUUAAAUAUUAAUAGAUUUUCUUGAAUGUACCUUCUCUA